CCGGAAGUGACCUGUUCAUCCUCCGAGCAGUCGGCAGUGUAGUGAAAUAACAGCUAGCUCAAUAAAACUACUCCACCGUUUAACUCUUUAACUAGGGGUUCCAGAGAACGACACAAUGUCCGAAAGAAAAGUGUUGAAUAAAUACUACCCGCCGGAUUUUGAUCCAUCCAAAAUCCCAAAACUGAAACUCCCAAAGGAUCGUCAGUAUGUGGUCAGACUGAUGGCUCCGUUCAACAUGAGGUGUAAAACGUGUGGCGAGUACAUCUACAAGGGGAAGAAGUUCAACGCUCGUAAAGAGACGGUUCAGAACGAGCUCUACAUGGGACUCCCCAUCUUCAGGUUCUACAUCAAAUGCACCCGAUGUCUGGCUGAGAUCACGUUUAAGACGGACCCGGAGAACACGGACUACGCCAUGGAGCACGGAGCUACAAGAAACUUCCAGGCAGAGAAACUGAUCGAGGAGGAGGAGAAGAGAGUCCAGCAGGAGAGAGAGGAGGAGGAGCUCAACAACCCCAUGAAGGUGCUGGAGAACCGCACCAAGGACUCCAAGAUGGAGAUGGAGGUCCUGGAGAACCUGCAGGAGCUGAAGGAGCUGAACCAGCGGCAGGCCCAGGUGGACUUUGAGGGGAUGAUCGACCGCUACAGAGAGCUGGAGAAGAGAGAGAAGGAGAGAGAGAAGGAGGAGGACGAGAGGGAGACAAAGGAGAUGUUGGACCGGGCUCUGGUGAAGAGACUCAGAGACUCUGACUCUGAUUCAGGGGAGGAAGAGGAGGGCAGCAGCUCAGAGACGAAGAAUCCCAACACACACAAACCAACAGACAUCCUCACCACCGACAAACCCACAGACACACAAGGACCCUCUGCUGGAGCAGUGAAGAGGCCCAGAGUGGAGAGCUGGGAGCGGAGUGUGGGGACGCUGGGCAGUAAAGGAGCUCUGGGGACUCUGGUGGUCCGAAAGAAACCAGCAGCAACUUUCAUCAAACCGGCUCCAGUUAAAGCUCCGCCUCCACAAACAGAGUCGAAGGCGUCGACAGCGAACGCCUCUCAGCCCGUCACCACAGGAAACGGGUCAUCGUCCCUCAGCCUGCUGGGGGCGUAUUCAGACAGCGACAGCAACGACAGCGAAUGAGCAGAAGAAGAAGAAGAAGGAGAAGAAGAAGAAGAAGGAGAAGAAGAAGCAGCUCGGGGAGCCUUUUGUUUUGUUUUGUUUUGAUUGACUGACACACAAUUGUAUGAAUGAUGCAUAAAGGAAUAUGAGGUUCUUUUCUAAUGCUGAGCAGAAAUCAAAGUCAUUUGCAAACCAGUUUGACUGAUAAUAAUUCUGAGUUGGAGGACUUUAUUAUUAUUAUUCAUUAGCAGGGAUUUUAUUGUCUAUUAUUGUCUGCUGUUGACACAAAAAUUAAUCUUCUAAUCUGGCUGAUUCAACGGUUUAUUGAGCUGUUGGUACAGAGAAUUUAUCCCUGGAAAUAUGGAAAUAUUUGAAUUUUUGUGAGUAAGUUUUCCCAGUGAAAAUAUCAGGUGUAUAUUUUAGUGUUUAUUAAAAUCUGUUUAACUCUU